AUGUCUAUAACCUACAAAGCUGUCUGGAAUACCUCUGAUCAUCCAGAUAGACCAAGAUCAAGUCUACAGUAUAUAACGGUAGGUACUUUCGGACGUAUAUACGUUUACCCCGACGCUUCCGAUGAUGUGGUAUAUAAAAUGGUCAAAGAGCGGGAGCAUGGAUCUAAGUUGCAAGAGGAGUUCAGAAUUUAUGAUGAUAUACACCAUUCCCUCCCUCCCAUACAAGUAGGUUUUAGGGUACCUAAGCCAAUCGAGUAUUACAAACCCUCAUACCUCAACGAACCAUCCAUCCUACUCGAUCGCUCAUCUUCACCCAUCCAACCCGGAGUGACUCAGAUAUCCAACCUUCCUGAUCUCCUAAAUCAAAACCGGAACCAGAAUGGAGAAGAUAUGCAAAUCAGAUUAUUACGACUAUAUCUCGGAAGAGAAGAUAUACCACCUAGGACAGAACAGAUCCAACCGGGUAUCAAAACUGAUCCACCACUCGAUAUCGCUCGAUAUAACAGGCUAUCUUCUACUCUUCACAAGAGAUGUGGUUGGGGUUUACCAGAUAUCAAAGAUGUUUCGAGUAGUAUGGGACGAUUACUGGCGAGUCUACAUUGGCUAGGCGGUAUAAAUUGUAGAGAUAUAGAACUUGUACUUGGUGGCGGCGGUAACGAUGGGAGGGAAGAGGAAGUAACAUUUUGGGUAUUGGAUUUCAAUCAGUGUCAACGCUGGCUCGUCCCUCACCUCAUCCAAUCCUCGACCUCAUCCGCAUCCAAUCAAACAAGUCCCACAACGGGUAUAUAUUCCUCCAAUACCCUCCUCGAAGCAUCCAAGAGACUUUCAACCCUCAUCUACACUCAAGAGCUCUACUACCCUCGACCUCAUCAAGGGAAACUCUACGAACAGUUCAAACAUGGUUAUUCAUGUGCUGUCGAGCUGAUUCUGAAUCAGCAGUACAAAGGGAUAAGAUUGGAAUCGAAGGACGAAAUUAGGGAAGCUACCAAAGGCUUUUUUGAGGAGUAUGAGAAACUUGAUAGAGAGAAGAUGGCCAGAAGAUCUAGGAUGGGUAAACAGAUCGUGUAA